UUAGAAAACGUGAUUAAUGGAGAAUCUAAUAAUCUAUCUAAUCCAGAAAAAGGGUUCAAAAGUGAAAAGAAACAAUGUGCAAUUCAGAAGGUGAAUGCAGACCUUUGGGUUUUCUAAUAGGUCUUCCUUUUUCAUUUCUCUGUCUCCUCCUCUCAAUCGUUGGCACAUUCGUCUGGAUUAUCGGAACAUUGCUUUCAUGCAUAUGCCCCUGUUUCUUGUGUCUCACGGUAGUAAUUGAAAUUGCGCUUGAAUUAAUCAAAGCUCCAUUGCAUGUCAUGACGUGGUUCAUCUCUAUGAUCCCAUGCUGAAUUCUCUUUCUUUUGCCAAUUUUUGUUGUUGUUUUGAUUUCAGAGUCAAUUAGGUUUUUAGGUUAUUAGGCUCCGAGACCUCUGAAAAAAAUUGCGUCCGUGUCGGCUAGCCACUUGUAAUUAAAAAAGUUGUGUCCGUGUCGGCUAGCCACUUGUAAUUAGAAAAGUUGUGUCCGUGUCGGCUAGCCACUUGUAAUUACGUUUAGUAGUAUUGUGUUUCUCGGCUAGCCACUUGUAAUUACGUUUACUAGUAUUGUAUUUCUCGGCUAGCCACUUGUAAUCACGUUUACUAGUAUUGUGUUUCUGAUAUUCGUGAUUCAUUAUUACUACAUUGAUGAUCUCUCUUAUACAUUUAUGUUGUAAUUACGUUUACUAGUAUUGUGUUUCUCGGCUAGCCACUUGUUUACUAGUAUUGUGUUUCUCGGCUAGCCACUUGUAAUUACGUUUACUAGUAUUGUGUUUCUGAUAUUCGUGAUUCAUUAUUACUACAUUGAUGAUCUCUCUUAUACAUUUAUGUAUUAUUUUGAUUUUAUUAAAUGAUGAUAUUACCAAAAAUACAAAAACUCAUAAGACCUAUACAUAUACUUGUAUUGUUUUACAUAAGGUAGAGUUUGCAGAAAACAGAUUAUUUAUAAGGACGCUAUUCAGUUAAAAGGCGCCUUAACAUACAAAACUCACUUUUGUCUCUGAUUCAGUGCUCACUUUUGAUUUUGAUUCUCCAUCUCCAACAGCAAUUACCUUAGUUGUCUCUGCUAUUUCUGCUACGGUUUCACCUAUGGCACUCAACACUCCACCACCCUCUUU